UCAGCAGGCAGCAGCAGCGAGACGGAGAUCGGAAGCGGGUCCGGACCGAGCGGGCUCAAAGGGGUCUCGAGCUAGCGAGGAGAGUGGCAAGAGAAGCUCGGAGACGCUCGGCCGCUGCUCGGUUACCCCCCUCGCGUGCGUGAGAGAAAGGAGAGGGCGAGGGCGACGGCGGGGAUAGCCAAAGGGAGGAACCACAUGGAUCGCUAUCAGAAGAUCGAAAAAGGCGGGGGGGGUAAUCUCGGAGAGGGCACCUACGGCGUGGUCUACAAGGCAAAGGACCGGCAGACGGAAGAAAUCGUCGCUCUCAAGAGAAUCAGGCUGGAGGUGGAGGAUGAGGGCAUCCCCAGCACGGCCCUGCGGGAGAUCUCUCUGCUGCGAGAGCUGCAGCACCCGAACAUCGUCGAGCUCAAGGACUGCGUCCAGAGCGAGGGGAAGCUGUACCUGAUCUUCGAGUUCGUCGACCGGGACCUUAAGAAGUACAUGGAGGCCACCCAGGGCAUGCUAGACCCCAUGUUGGUCAAGUCCUACCUGUUCCAGAUGGUUCGCGGUUUGGAGUUCUGCCACGCACGAGGCGUCAUGCACCGCGACCUAAAGCCGCAAAACCUGCUCGUCAGCCGAGACGGAAAGCUCAAGCUCGCGGACUUCGGGCUCGCGCGCGCGUUUUGCCCCCCGAUCCGCCCCCUCACGCACGAGGUGGUUACCCUCUGGUACCGCGCGCCGGAGAUCCUCCUCGGAACGCAGACGUACGCCCCUCCCGUCGACCUCUGGGCGGUCGGCACGAUCCUGGUGGAGAUGGUGACCAAGCGCCCCCUCUUUCCGGGGGACUCGGAGAUCGACGAGAUCUACAAGAUAUUUCAGCUGCUUGGGACUCCGAACGAGGAGGUGUGGCCGAACGUUACCGACCUGCAGGAUUGGAAUCCUGGGUUCCCCACGUGGAAACGACUGAACCUCGCCCACCGAUCACAGGGGAUGGACAAGUGCGGGCUGGACCUGCUCGAGAAAUUGCUGUACUACGACCCGAAGAAGCGAAUCUCAGCCAAGCGCGCAUUAGAACACGCGUUUUUCGACGACCUCGAUAAGACCGACUUGCUGGGCAACUAGCUCAAGGGCCAGCGGUGGCGGCGGCGGCGGCGGGGUAGAGACGGGGGGGGCACCGGCGGCGCCCUGUAUUUUCUUUCAUCUUCGAGGGUUCGUGUACGGCAAGGGGGGCGGGGGUUCCGAGCGGAGGGUGUGUUUGAGACGCAAAGCCUUGUUCCCGACUCGGUGCUGUGGGAUUUUCGGCAUUUCGACUGUAGUCGGUGCUGGGAGGGAUGGGGAAGCAUGCGAACGUAGAGGGGGGCAUGCAUAUGGAGAGAAGGGGGUAGCGAGAGGGAGGUGUCGCGGAGGGAACGAAAAACGUUGGUGCCACAGCGACCUGAUCUGCAGACGAAAUGUGUCCUGAGUUGAGCCCACCCUCCUUUGCCGCGGGCUCAAGGAGGCUUAGCCCAGAGUUCGUGCAUGGACCAGGGAAGAUUUGCUACGCGGCGGAGGGGGCGAGGAGAGGUACUGGAGAUAGGUCGUAUGAGGGCCAUGGGCCUCGCAGCUACGCUCAGCCACCGCUGCAAUGGGGGGGGGGGGGUCAUGUUACGUUCGGGCCACUGUAUGAUCUCCAAAAGGGCUGGGGCGGCUGUCGUGGGUACGGCGGAGGCCUUAUUUGCUCCUGCUGUCGUGCGCGCCAACUGGCUGGCGUGAUUUGCUGUCGCACACCAAUGAUCGGUAGUGUUACGGGGUGGGGGUCGUUGCUAUCGAGUUCACAGUCGGCGCUAGAGCAGCGGAAUCAAGCGGGUGCCCAUUGUGUUUCUGGCUGCAAGCCUAGGUCAAAGCUUAGGCGAGGGUCUUUAAGAGGAAGCCUUGCUUCCUACUAUCAGAGCUGCGCUCCAGGCCUGCUGCCUGCUGCUAUCUACCAUGCCACUAUUAGCCUUGUGUCCUCUGUACUGUAUGUACCAUGUUUUUUGUUAGGAGGUUAUUCCUUGAAGUUUGUGUGCACGAGUCGGCUCUCAUCGUAUGAAAAUGGUCCUAUAUUUCGUAUUCUAGGGUGUGUGGCCUGCCCGCCUCGCGAACAUCCUUCGGUUUCGCUGGAGGUGUGUCGUGAGACUAGUCUGAGGUGGCGUUCGGGGGGGUGCUGCUAUCGAGGCGACGAAGCGCCAGACAUGCAAUUUGUGGGUUUAGGCAGCUUUUUUUAUCAGCGUAGGGUUUAUGCAGCAGCGGCCGUGGCGAAACAGACACAUGCUUUUGCACGUUUGGGCCGUCGCGGUUGUCAGACAAGGAAGCAGAAACACGUUCAUAAUAGGGGGAUGGUGACACACAUGCUGUACUUGUCGCGAAAGGAUUUUUUUCGUGAUGGGUGCCUCCUGCCUCUUCUCUCUCUUGCGCAAGAUGUUCGUUCUUCGGUCCGUUGUAUUUGUCUUCAAUGUAUUGUUUUUUAGGUUAUGGAUAUGAUGUGGACAGUGGACAGCGGCGGAAGAGAGACAACAGGAAGCUCCUAGAGAGAACACGAAGCUCCUGUGUUGUGUUGUGUUCUGUGUGCGAGUAUCAAGACGUUGUGGAGCCGUUCAAGCGCCCAGUUUGCCAUUUCUUACGCUUUCUUUUAUGUUUUGUCUUCACUUGAAAAUGGCGCUCACAGCACUAUGUAGUGCCAUUCACUUCAACCCGUGGCACACAGAAGAGCGCCUCUCUACCCUCCCCUCCUGCGGUACUUUGCCUUCGAUU